GACUGGGGCCUUGUAAAGGAACCGGAACCCGGAGGGAGAGAGCCCCGGGGGCGGGGUGUAUGUGGUGCGGCACUGCGCGUGCGCGCGAGGCCUCUUGCGUCAUUUAGCCGCGCCUAGGUUUUCCGGCGCCGGCCCUAGGUCCCCGCAGCGGUGGUGACGGCGGUGCCGGAGGUUGUCCUUGGCAGGUUUUCCUCCGCGCUUCUCCAUGGAGGAGGCGGUGCGAACGGCUUCAGCCCCGAAUGCUCGCAUCUCCCACUGGACGGCGACGAAGGCGGUGGCCGUGCGAGCGCAGGACUGGGCGGCCUGUGUGGGGGUGUGAGCCGCGGUGCCCCAGGCUGCGCCGGCGAGGGGAAGCCGCGCGGCCGGCCGGCCGACUGACUAGGGCUGGAGCUACUCGGCCAGGGUUUAAGACUUUAAAUGAGAAUAAAGGGUGGUAUUUACGAGGAAAUGAGAGUGAAUAAGUCAUCUCUAACCUCUCCCAGCCUUUUUUUCAUAAGAGAGACCAUAUUAAACUUACAUGCUCUCCCGGCUGUGAUAGACCUUCAGUUACAGAGAGAGGGAGCAGAGUGGGACCAGGUCUGAGAAUAGUGAAGCAACUCAUUCCUUUCAGGAUAUUCCCUCUGAUGUCCUGUUUUCAAACUGUUUGAAGACUGCUUCAUUCUGCCUCUAGUACCAGCGGUUUCUCUGUUCUGUGAUCAAUGUGAUUCACAGGAACUCCUUAAGUAACAAACGAAAUGAGCCAGGGGCGUGGAAAAUAUGACUUCUAUAUUGGUCUGGGAUUGGCUAUGAGCUCCAGCAUUUUCAUUGGAGGAAGUUUCAUUUUGAAAAAAAAAGGCCUCCUUCGACUUGCCAGGAAAGGCUCUAUGAGAGCAGGUCAAGGUGGCCAUGCAUAUCUUAAGGAAUGGUUGUGGUGGGCUGGACUGCUGUCAAUGGGAGCUGGUGAGGUGGCCAACUUCGCUGCGUAUGCAUUUGCACCAGCCACUCUAGUCACUCCACUAGGAGCUCUCAGCGUGCUAGUAAGUGCCAUUCUUUCUUCAUACUUUCUCAAUGAAAGACUUAAUCUUCAUGGGAAAAUUGGGUGUUUGCUAAGUAUUCUAGGAUCUACAGUUAUGGUCAUUCAUGCUCCAAAAGAAGAGGAGAUUGAGACUUUAAAUGAAAUGUCUCACAAGCUAGGUGAUCCAGGUUUUGUGGUCUUUGCAACCCUUGUGGUCAUUGUGGCCUUGAUAUUAAUCUUCGUGGUGGGUCCUCGCCAUGGACAGACAAACAUUCUUGUGUACAUAACAAUCUGCUCUGUAAUCGGCGCGUUUUCAGUCUCCUGUGUGAAGGGCCUGGGCAUUGCUAUCAAGGAGCUGUUUGCAGGGAAGCCUGUGCUACGGCAUCCCCUGGCUUGGAUUCUGCUGCUGAGCCUCAUCGUCUGUGUGAGCACACAGAUUAAUUACCUAAAUAGGGCCCUGGAUAUAUUCAACACUUCCAUUGUGACUCCAAUAUAUUAUGUAUUCUUUACAACAUCAGUUUUAACUUGUUCAGCUAUUCUUUUUAAGGAGUGGCAAGAUAUGCCUGUUGACGAUGUCAUUGGUACUUUGAGUGGCUUCUUUACAAUCAUUGUGGGGAUAUUCUUGUUGCAUGCCUUUAAAGACGUCAGCUUUAGUCUAGCAAGUCUGCCUGUGUCUUUUCGAAAAGACGAGAAAGCAAUGAAUGGCAAUCUCUCUAAUAUGUAUGAAGUUCUUAAUAAUAAUGAAGAAAGCUUAACCUGUGGAAUCGAACAACACACUGGUGAAAAUGUCUCCCGAAGAAAUGGAAAUCUGACAGCUUUUUAAGAAAGGUGUAAUUAAAGGUUAAUCUGUGAUUGUUAUGAAGUGAAUUUGAAUAUCAGAAUGUGUCUGAAAAAACAUUGUCCUCAAAUAAUGUUCUUUAAAGGCAAUCUUUUUAAAGAUUUCACUAAUUUGGACCAAGAAAUUACUUUUCUUAUAUUUAAACAAACAAUGGUAGCUCACUAAAAUGACCUCAGCACAUGACGAUUUCUAUUAACAUUUUAUUGUUGUAGAAGUAUUUUACAUUUUCAUCCCUUCUCCAAAAGCCGAAUGCACUGAUGACAGUUUUAAGUCUAUGAAAAUGCUUUAUUUUUUCAUUGGUGAUGAAAGUCUGAAAUGUGCAUUUGUCAUCCCCACUCCAUCAAUCCCUGACUAUGUAAGGCUUUUUUAUUUUAAAAAAAAACAGUUAUCCCAAUACAUUAUCCUGUGAUUUACCUUACCUACAAAAGUGGCUCCUGUUUGAUGAUUGGUUUUAUUUUUGAACUAUUAAGGGAAAACUAAGUUACUGAAUGAAGGAAACUCUUUCUUACAAAACAAAAAAAAGGGCAGAAAUCACCCCAAGGAACGAUUUCUCAGGUUGAGAUGAUCACCGUGAAUCCGGCUUCCUCUGAGCAUUCGAUGGCCUUAGCACCUCAUCAAGCCAGCACAUCCUGCCUGCUGUUGCAGCCUGGCUGGGUUUAUUCUUCAGUUACCCUAAUCCCAUGAUGCCUGGAACCUUGAUUACCGUUUUACAUCAGCUCUUGUACUUUUCAGUAUAUUUUCAUAAUGAGUUGUUAUAUUGUCAUUUAGACUUCUUUGAACAGCUCUGGGAAAUAGAAGACUAGGGUUGUUUCUUAAAUUUAGCUCAUAAUAAAAAGUUGAAAUGAA